AUGUUCUUUUUUAUUUCUAGCUCACAAGAUGCAUACAAUGCAUCUGACAAUUCUUCAAUUUCAUUAACGCCUACUUUUUCACCUGUUACACUAUCUACUAGUCUAUCAUCAUUUAAUGCUCGUGUAGUUGAUGUCAGUAUGGCAUUGUCAUCAAAACUUCAACUUGCUUAUUAUAUUGCUAUUGCAUUGACUGGUCUUGUUGGUAAUACAACAACAAUUAUUGUAUUUUCACAAAGACGUUUACGAUCAUUACGUUCAUCAUUUUUUCUUACUUGUCUUGCAAUAACUGAUCUUAUAUUUAUACUUAUACUUGUUGUAGCAUUACUUGAUGAAUUUAAUGCACCUGUUAUGACAAUACCUGUUUGUAUGAUAACAAUUUAUUUAAGUCAUAUAGCAUCAUUUUUAUCAUCAAAUUUUACAUUGGCUUAUACAAGUCAUCGUCUUAUAGCUGUAUUUUUUCCAAUUAAAGCAACAGAUUUUUUAAAACAACGUACAAAUCGUAUAUUAGCAUUUGCAUUAUUAAUAUUUGCAUGUUCAUUUUAUUCAUUAUCAUUUCCUGUAACAGCAACUAAAUUUCGUUCAAAUACAACAAGUAUUGUUUUAUGUGAAGAAGAUAAAGACAAACCAUUAUUAUUUCCAUUUCUUAUUUUGGAUACAUUAUUUACAUUUAUUAUACCAUUUUCAUGUAUAACAUGUAUGAAUUUAGCUAUUGUUUAUAAACUUCAUACAAAAUUUACUAUUGCACAAAGAUUACCUGGCUCAACUGUAUCAACUCCAUGUAUUACACCAUCAGCAAAAUCAUCUAUUCAUUCAUCAAGACAAUCAGUUACUGAAGGUAUUCCAUUACCUCAAUUAAAUUUAAGUAAUCUUGGUAUUAAUAUAAGCACUAAUAAUAUAUCAAAUAAUCAUAACGAAGUGAACAAUCAUCUUUUACAACAACAACAACAACAACUACCAACACAACAAGAUCAUUCACAUUUAUGUGUUCAACCAAUACAACGACAUAAAGUACCAAGACGUAAUCAUUCUUUACCAUGUACACCAUCAUUACGACAUAUUCCAAUGCAUGAUAUAAAUACAUCGAUUCGUAUUCGUUCGAAUCAAUGUCGAACAACAGCAUCAGCUAAAACAACUAAAAUGCUUUUAGCAGCAUCGACUGUAUUUCUUGUUUUUAAUUUACCGUAUCAUUUAUUAUUAUUCUGGUUUUUAUGUACACAAAAACAGCCGGCAUGGAUGCUUCGUGCUGUUAAUAUUGCUCGUCUUUGGUUUUUUGCAUCGUUUUGUGUUAAUUUUUUUGUUUAUGCUAUAUGUGGUCAACGAUUUCGUAGUGAAGUUGUUCGUUUAUUUAGUUGUACAUUUCUUCGACGAUAUUUUUCAUUACGUGAUCAAAAACCAUUACAAGAUCGUCAAAAUAGCAUGUAUUUAAGUCAUCGUUUAUUACCAAAUUCAUCAACACGUCUAUCACAUUCAAACUAA